AUCGUAUGGUAUAUAGCAGCACAUGUACAGCUAGCUAGUGGAGGGCGAGUUACCAGGUCCUGUCUCAUCCGGCAGAUUAUCCGAUAUUGUAAGCACAUUUUCGACAUUUGUGUAUCUAUUUUUUAAGCAUUGAACAGGCAUAACUUGUGAGUUAGGUACGGUACCGGUACAUGUCCGAGAAUCUGACACUGACGGUCACUCAUCUCACUUUCUCAGUGACAAUUGCAGUUACUUGCACUGUCUUGACUUUGCGGCAUGACAAAUGACAACAACAAUAUUGUCAUUUUAAAAGGCCUACGCAAAUGCGCAUUUAUGCGGAGACAAACCAAAAGAUGGGCGAUGCCGCCGCCCGGCCUGGAAUCGGGCUCUUGCGAGAUGCAAACACAUAAUACCAGCAAAUCAUUACUUAGACCUGGCUGUAGACAGGAAUAACCGUCGUUUCUGCCAAAAAUUCUGGGGAUUUAUUCAACAAUUUCUGACAUUUUAGUUUUUACUUUCAUCCCCAUUCACCGACGGUAUGCGGUAAAGAGUGUCUGUGCGGGCUCCCAUGAUUAUAACACCAGCACUUUUGUCAAUUCAGAUCCAGACUAGAUCUAGACUAGGGCCUAGAGCUAGAGUCCAAACUAUAUUAUUACACAUCGAAGUUACACUCUAAGGAUUUAUCAACUACAACUCAAGAUAUCAAUUUAUAAUAGGCCCUAGGCCUAUAUAAUAAAUGACAAAAUGGCAAAAAUAUCAAAAAGUAUGAAAAUGGUAUUUUACCAAUGUUUUCUUGCGACUUGGAUGCCAGAAUCACUCCCAAAAUAGGAGCCAAAAAUCACAAAAUAACAAACGAACGGAGAGUGCAUCGACAAUUUUGAAUGUGAUAUCGAUAUUGCUUUCGAUAUUAAUCAUAAAGCGAUCUGCUCCACACGCGAGCUUAACCGCUACGAUCACAGGUAGCAGACAACAUUCGAUAUAUUGAGAUAUUAACGAUAAUGACGUCAUUCAAGAUGGCAACUUGCGAGAAAAACCGUCGGCUCCGGUGAAAAUGUCUAGAUGAAAGGUGUCUGGAUCAUCCAGAGGAUUUUUAUCAAUAACUCCGGUCCAAGGUGGUAGUCAUUCAAAUGGAUGAACUAGGAACGUCUGUGGAAGACACAGGUUCAGAUGUCCAUUUGAUCAAUCUAGAGGAGGACUUCAAGGGAUUUCAGCCUUCCCUUGAAGAAAGGGGAUUUCACCUUGUUGAGGAUAGUACAUGUGAGGUGGUAGAAGAUACAUCCUUGUCCCCUGGUGACUUGUGCAGCAGAAAAAAGAAGAUUAUGCUUGGACCGACAAAUGGCCAACAUUUCCAGGCAUGGCAAAGGGACAUCCUAAACCAGAAUUAUGAUAUCAGGCAGGAGGAAUCACAUCCUGUAUUUGACCUUGAGAGUUGCAACCAUCAGGGAGAAGAAAGUCUUGAAGCUGCUGUUGUCUUGCGUACAAGGAAAUGGUCCAAUACCAAAAAGAAGGAAGAGCAAUUUGUGCGUUACGUUGUCUCGUUGAAUGAGUUGUUGCUAUCAGAUGGACGCAAGUGGAGAUUUGAAUUAGAUGAUGUCCUCCAGAUUGUCCAAGAUGUAGCUUGGAGUCUUGCGGAGGACUACCAUGACAAGUCCAUUGUUUAUGGGGAUAUGCAAGCUGGAAAUAUCCACAUAAAUGACUUCCUUCGAGCCUUCCUUAUUGCCAGUGAGAAGUCUAAGAUGCAGACUAAUAGAGCUGAGCUGAUUCGAGAAUGUUUUCUUGAUAUGAGGGAAUUGUGCAAGGUGAUGGGAGGUCUGUAUCAGUUCUACAUGAGGAACAAACCUCGGGAUGCUCAGAAUAGCAACCAGAAAGAAGAGACAGCGUUGUUUGCUUUGCUUCGUAAAGGAUACACCACUGAUGGUCUAACUGCAGAGCAAUUUCUUGAUGAGCUGGGGCACAUUUUGAAUGUGCAAGUCCAGGACCAAGAAUUGCAGAAGAAAGAAGUAAUGGUGAGAAGAGAGAAGAAGGCCCCAAGACAAGUGCCAAGAUUGGCAUGUAGUUUCUCCUUUCCACAGACACAGCCUAGUAUUCUGCCAGGCCCCGGAGCUGUUCGCAAGAAGAAUCCAGAGCCAAAAUCUGAUUCCCAAAACCCAGUUGGUCCAGUUAUGGCUCACAAAGGUCCAGCGCCAGACUCUGUAGCUGCCAGCAAGGUUCAGAAACCUCCGGAUCUGGAAACCUUACCAAUUAGCCAGGGCCCUUCGAUGACCAGAGGUCCUGGAGCUAUUCGCAAAAAGUAUCCAGAGCCGAAAUCUAAGCACUCAGACAGAGAUGAUCCAGUUCCAAAGGAAGGAAUUCCGGCCCUCACUGGUCCAGCGCUAGGAGCCGAUGUCAUCAUGAAAGUUCCAAAGCCAGGAUAUGAUUCUGUCCGGAAUGUACUAGAGCCAGAAUCUAGUGCUCUCAUCAGGUUUCCUGACCUGGAAUCAUUAGCAAUCAGCCAGGCCCCUGCUAUGGCUGGUCCUGGCCCAGGGCAGGGAGCUGGCCUUACCAGCAAUGAAGUUCCAGGAGUAGGAUCAGCAGUGUAUACUACUGGAAGUUCAGUCGGCAGCUCAAGGGAUGCAGCAGCAUCUCGUGAGAAACUCAUGUCGGAUUUUGAGUUGGAGAUGUUCAAGUGCUACAGUAGCGAAGCCAGUUUUCUAGGAACAGAAACAGAACAGAUAUGAGUGCAAUUCAUCAUCUCAAGACGAAGAAGACUUGAUGCACACUUAUAGUCAGGGUGCAACAAACCCGGGGCAAGUGAAAAUGAUGUGCAGGCAAGCAUUUCUCAAAGUCAAUUGCUCGAUCGGGCAAGUGGUUGUUUU